GGCUUUUUGACCAGCCCUUGGGUUCAGUUCAGCUCAUCAUAACAGAGGCAAGAAAAUUUACAAAGACUUCACAAUUUACGAAAGACUCGAAAGAUAACAGGGUGGGGCAAGAAAAUCCAACCCAAAAAUCUCUGGAUCCAAACCCUCAAAUCAGGAAGCACCAGUAUUUUGUUUUCAUAACAGUACCCACAGUCAAAUCAAUUCAUCAACAACGACACGCAACGCACAAAGUUCUCAUUGAACACAUGGUCUAAGAAGGAAAAGUUCUGUAGCAUCUUUUUUUGUUAUUAUAUUUGUUUAGCCUUCUUUACACCAACUAUCUUUGUAAAUUGUAUUUGUGGGGACCCAAAUCCCCAAUACCCACUUUCUAAUUUUGCCUUCGAUGACGAAAUUUGAUUGAUUUGGAUGGGUUUUGACUCUCGAAUCGAUCUGGGUCACCUUCAAAAUCUUGUUUUUUGAUUGCCCAGAGCUACAAUUAUGUCCAAAAGCAUGUCGUCUUCCAUGUGUUCGGUGAUAUUCCCUCCAAGUAUGUGCAGUGGCUCUUCUCGCUCCACCAGAUUCAAUGUCUCUGUUUCAAAGGCUUCCCAGUGUUUUUCUUCUUCUCGGCAGAGAAAGAUUGUUUGUGCUUGUAUGGCGCCGCCGCGGGAUUUGAGGCCGGUCGAUGGGUUUUCUCCCUCCAAAGUCAAUGAUCCAUCUAAUCCAGAAACUUUGAGCGCAGUGCGGGAGCUCAAGGAUGAUUCUGAUGUUCUUAUUGAGUGCAAAGAUGUGUACAAGUCAUUUGGGGAUAAGCACAUCCUAAGCGGUGUAAGCUUCAAGAUUAGGCAUGGGGAAGCUGUUGGAAUAAUUGGGCCUUCUGGCACUGGGAAAUCUACUAUUUUGAAGAUAAUGGCUGGUCUUCUUGCACCAGACAAGGGAGAGGUUUUCAUUCGAGGAAGAAGGAGACUUGGUUUAAUCAGUGAUGAGGAGAUAUCUGGCCUUCGAAUUGGCUUGGUUUUUCAGAGUGCAGCUCUCUUUGACUCUUUAACUGUUCGUGAAAAUGUUGGUUUCCUUUUGUAUGAGAAUUCGAGCAUGCCUGAGGAUCAAAUUGCGGAGCUUGUGGCAGAAACAUUGGCUGCCGUUGGAUUGAAGGGAGUUGAGGAUCGAUUACCUUCUGAGUUAUCCGGCGGGAUGAAGAAAAGAGUUGCAUUAGCCCGUUCUAUAAUUUUUGAUACCACAAGGGAUGAAAUAGAGCCGGAGGUGCUUUUGUAUGACGAACCAACAGCUGGACUUGAUCCUAUUGCAUCUACUGUAGUUGAAGAUCUCAUUCGCUCUGUUCACUCGAAAGGUGAAGAAGAUGCACUUGGGAAGCCUGGGCAGAUUGCAUCUUAUGUUGUUGUCACCCAUCAGCAUAGUACCAUCAGAAGAGCUGUUGAUAGGUUGUUAUUUCUCUACGAGGGAAAGGUUGUAUGGCAAGGAAUGACUCAUGAAUUCACCUCAUCAACAAAUCCUAUUGUUCAGCAGUUUGCAUCUGGGAGCUUGGAUGGGCCAAUUAGAUAUUAGCACAUAUGUUACUACCAUGGUAUAUUAGAGUCCAUGUUUGUUUGCGGAUCUUCUGGUGCCGAUGGAGAGUUUUCAGAGAGAUGCACCGAAAAGAGUUAAACGGUUCGUCCAAACUUUGGCUUUUCUCCAUCUGAAACCCUACUCUUAGAAGCUAUCUUGGUGCUGACCAACAAAUUUCUGGGCCUAAGUGGAGACAUUGCAGUUGUGAUUUAGCCGGGCCUGCUUCUACAAUGACCAUGCUGGAAAAUUGCUGGCAAUACAGUUCUUGAUUUUUGAAUUGUUGCUGCUAAUCAAUUUUCUAUCAAGUUCUCUUAUAUAAUUGUAAUUUUAUUAACUAGGAAAAAUAAAUGUAAUUUUAUUGGGGAUUGAGCCAACUCAGACUCAACUUUUUAGCCUUUCAAAUAAAAACUGACUCCUUCGCCUCGUC